AUGGGAAAGGCGGCCCAGCAGCAUGCGCCCGACAUUGCCGAGAAGGUGCGGAUGGAGCUGCCAAAGAGGUACCGUUAUGGCUUACGCUUGCCCACAGCGGAGCUCAGACAGCAGAGGGCAGUGGCGAUUACUGCCGUAGUCGCUUUGUCCUGGUUGGAGGAGGCCGGGGCCGCCUAUGCCGCUGAUAUCCUCCUCUACGGAUGGUGGAAGAAUUCCGGGAGGGCCAGAGAUGCUUUGAUGGAGAUGUGCCAGUCGGAGUCCUCCGCAACACGACUUGCUGCAAUGAAGUCACUUACUUCCCUCUUAGAGAAAGAUGGGUUUGGUCCUGUGGAGCACUCUGAGCUAGAACGUCGCCAAAUUCUCCUGCCAUACAUCUGCGACGCGGUGUUCGAUGAGAGUGCCGAGGUUCACCAGGUGGCAGGAGCCUGCUUGAUGCGAUUCGUCCCCUCCUUCUCUGGUGAAGCCGAUAUCUUCGCGGUGCGGCACACCAUUUUAGACCAACUCCUGCGUUUCGGAGAUAAUUUCCGUGGCAAGUCCUUUCCCGAGAGCGUUUCGAUCUUUUGCCGGGCUCUCGCCGCGAAAUUGGACGGGUACUGGCCACAGUUCGUAGGCUGGCAGGAGGGCAUCGACGACGAGGACUCCGAAGCGGCCACCCAGGUGGCCACGGCCGCAGUUCGCUACCUCCGACGCCGAGUUCAGCAAUGGCUGGCCGACAGCCAACCCCCUUUCGGUACGAUUGAGCAGAACGAGUCACCGCUGAUGGAUCUCAUCGAAGACUUCGAGUUCGGCCUCGCCAGCCCUCGAUGGCAGGUGCGUAGGGCGACCGUGGAAAGUCUCAUCGCGAUUGCUCCAUGGGGUGCUCAUGGUGCGAAUUGCGUGCACAGGAUGCAAAUGAGGGAGAAGCGAAAAGAGGUCUUAGAAGUGAUGGCACGCUUCCUGGAUAAGUACAAGGCGUUUGUGGAGGACUCUUCUACGCUGCGUCAGUGCUUGCGUCAGUGCUUCAUAUACCUCGACUACGUAGAUUUUUAUGAGGAAGACUACUUGGAAGAAUGCGAGAAGGAGUGGACGGCACAAUGGGAAGACUCCCUGAUGCGUGACAAGCAUGGUGGAUAUCUCAAGUCGCAUGCCACCCGACGGGCACGUCACAACAAGCAGCAUGGCGCCAAUGCAUCGCAGGGACCGUCUACAAUCGCAAGGAAGAAGAAGUGGGAAAGGCGAUCGAAGCCAGCAGAGGUGCAAGACUACGCGGAAAUCAAGAAGAUAAGCCAGCGAGACAAGGAGCAGGAUCGCCAGCUCAAGGCAGCGAUGCUUGGACGCGAGCUCUUCAGCUUUUCUCUGGGCCUGGAACGCGAGAGAUCCGAAGCAUUCGUCGCUGAGGCGAUUGCGGGAGCAGUGCCCCGUGAGACGAGCCUUUGGCAGCGCAUCAAGCGCAACGGCAAGACGUGCAAGUGCGCCGCUGGAUCCGUCGUAACGGGCGAGAGCUGGAAGUGUUCGGACCCGGCUUCCGUCGAAGAUCGCAGGAAGUUCGAUGCCACCGAGAUGAUGGGCCACGGAUGUAUGUGUGCUUCCGAGAACGAUGUGUUCGACAACUUGCCUGCGCAUUGCGACGACAAGUUCCCCACGAGCUUCCUGGAUGGGCAGUACCAGCCCCUUCCAUGCUCGAGCUUGAAGAGCUAUUGCUACGACCCCAAAGUGAAGACUGUGUGCCCUCGGACCUGUGGUGUCCAGUGCAUCGUCGCAACGCCGGCAUCCCGCAAGACCUUUGAGCAUCCGUUGCCUCCUCCAGCCGUGGAUCCACCCAGGCAUGAGAGACAGGGCAGGAAGUCCGGCAAAGGUGGGAAGAAGAAGGCAUGGGAGGAUGAAGCGGUACGAAUCGCGGUGAAGGCCCAGGCCUACACGGCGAAGGCUCUUCGAGCCAUGGGCUCUCGCCGAGUGCCGCACUUGGUGACCAAAUGGUUUGGGGCAAAUGACGAUGUCACUCGCUCCGAAGUCUUGGGUAUUUUGAAUGGCGUCCACCGGCUGCUGAGCAAUGUGGACUACGUUUUCCCGGGAGAGGAUUGCACUCCGAGUACCUAUGCGUAUGUUUAUCCAUCUCCGCCGUGGAACAAAAACAUGCGUGGUCGCUAUGUCUUCCACUUGUGUGACCUCUACAUGAACACCAUCGAGGGUGACAAGAUUGAGACUCUCACACACGAGGCCUCGCACCACGAAACCAUGUAUACCGAUGAUGUUUGUGCAAAGGGCAAAGAAGAGGAUGGCAGCUGCAAAGAUGGCAAGGUAGCAUACGGACGCUGGACCUGCGAAAAGCUGGCGACGGAGUAUCCAGCGGAAGCGGUGAAGAACGCCGACAGCUAUUGCUUCUUCAUCAAUGAUGUUGCCCUGAAGCCAUGA